AUGCCCCCCUCGCAGCCAUUCCAGCCGCCGACGAGGCCACACUCCGCCAACCCCCUCAGCGUCCACCCCCUCCCCCUCUUCCCCCGCCGCCCCUCAGCCCACAACGCCCCCGCCCGCCAGUCCCGCGAGGGCGUGGAGGACUGGGAAGACGCCUGGGACAGCAGCUCCGACAAGGAGGACGGCAUCGUGCACAGCCGCCGCGCGAGAAAGAGCGAAGAGCCAGCGGCGAUAGCGGCCAGCUGGGCGUCCACGAGCUAUACGCAUGUCGGGUAUCCCUCGACGUCGCCGACGAGACCGACCUUGCAACAGUCCGAGACGUACAGCGAAGGCACAUCAGGACCUGCUCCUGGGACGGGCGGAAAUGUCCCUCGCGCGAGCUCGAGUGGACCGGGCGUCGGGGGGUCGAAGCUGCCCCCUGGAGGAGCGUGGGAGAUUGUCGAAGCUGAUGAGGUGGAGGAGGAAGUCAUCCCUGUCAAGGUCGGGAAGGAAGCAGUGAGGGAGGAUGUAGAGGAUAUUCUGAAAGAUCCAUUGGAAUUACUCCAGAGUCUCUGUCUUGCCCCAACCUCUCCGACUUCUCAUCCCCCUUCACGCUCGCCGUCCGCCAUCUUCCCCUUCUUCCCCUCCGAUUCCACCCAGUCUUCUCCCACCGGAACGCCCACUCCGACCCUCACAAAACGCUCGCUAUCCCACGGCCCUGUCAGUCGGCGGCGCAGUGUAAGGACGGAGAGGAGAAGGGAGAAGUUUGCCAAGGUGCUCAGUGGAGAUGGCGAUGGAGGAGGGGUGGAUCUGGGAGAGUUGAGGCGGCUGGCUUGGAGCGGUGUGCCGCAGGAAGUGCGACCGAUUGUCUGGCAAUUACUGCUGAAUUACCUGCCCUUACCAGCAGAGCCGAGGCUAGCAACACUGAGUCGCAAGCGAAGAGAGUAUGAGCAGCUGGUAGAUCAAUAUUUCGGGAGAGGUAUCGCCGCGCUGGAUCAACAAAUAUGGCAUCAGAUCGAGAUUGAUGUGCCGAGGACCAGACCGGGUGUCGUCUUGUGGUCAUGUGAGAGCACCCAACGUAGCCUCGAAAAGAUCCUCUACGUCUGGGCCAUCCGUCACCCCGCUUCGGGAUACGUCCAAGGCAUCAACGACCUCGUCACCCCAUUCUUCGAAGUCUUUCUCUCUGCCUACAUCUCCACCGACCCAGAGCUAUUCGACCCCGCGCACCUUUCACCCAAGAUAUUGACAGCAAUCUGCGCCGAUUCAUUCUGGUGUGUCACCAAACUGCUCGACUCGAUCCAAGACCACUACAUCUCGCAUCAGCCUGGAAUCCAACGUCUAGUCCGACGCAUGGGCGAGCUGGUCAAGCGGAUAGAUGCCCCCCUGGCAGCUCAUUUCGAAGAACAAGGCGUCGAGUUUAUGCAGUUUGCGUUUAGGUGGAUGAACUGUUUGUUGAUGAGGGAGAUUAGUGGAAAGUGUACGGUGAGGAUGUGGGAUACGUAUCUUGCGGAAGGGACAGAUGCGUUCUCGCAAUUCCACUUGUAUGUAUGCUCGGCGCUACUCGUAAAGUAUUCUGAGCGCCUGCGCGAGAUGGAUUUCCAAGAAAUGAUCAUCUUUCUCCAACGCCUCCCGACCCAGCACUGGACCGACCACGAUAUAGAGCUGCUCCUCUCAGAGGCAUAUGUGCUCAAGACGGUGUGGCAAGGGGCGGAGAACCAUUUCAAGGAUCUGCCGACGGGAGGAGGGGGAGGCUUUGGAAUGCUGGGGAGAUGA